UACCUCUUGCAAGAGGAGGUCGGCUUUGGUGCGACUGCGCGUGUGUUCCGGGCCUUUGAUCUCUCCUCGGGUGAACCAGUGGCCAUCAAGGCCAUGACCGCUGACGCGGCCGACGCUGCCAACCACGAGUACACUGCCAUGCAGCUCAUGUUUGGUACACCCAAUGUCGCCAACGUCCGCGAUGCCUUUGUCGAGGGCAACAAAUGCUAUCUCGUCCUCAAGUACAUGCCCAAUGGCACCUUGUACCAGCGCAUCAAGCCCUGUGCUGAAUCUUCCGUGGCCAGCCUAUACGACCUCCAGCGCUGGUUUCGCCAGCUGGUCGGUGCCGUCGAAGCCUUUCACCAGCGUUGCCUCAUCCACGGUGACAUCAAGCCUGAGAACUGCCUCAUUGACGAACAAGAGAACCUUGUCCUUCACGACUUGGGCACGACAGCAGCCGUUGGUCACGUGCAUAGUGGGCGUCUGAUUCCCGGCACUGAGUACUACAUGGCCCCCGAACUCUUGCAACGGGCUCCCUGUGCCCCGGAGCAAGAUGUUUGGUCCCUCGGCAUUGUGCUGCACGCCAUUCUUCUCUCGGAUCUGCCUUGG